AUGGACUCAACGACGACCGGGAGUCCUGUCCUCCUUGACCAAGACAAAUACCGCGAAGAGGUCCUCGGCCUCUCUACAGAAGCUGAAAAUGCGCGGGCGCAACAGCUUUUGGAUGAUGCGCGGGCGUUGGGUCUGAAGGUUCCGGAGAUCGAAGCCUCGGCACCACUGGCCGCCUCGAUCACCUCUGGAAUGCUGGAUCUCUCUUCGCCCGUGCUUUCAUCCGGAUCGUCAACCGAUCGGAAUUCCAUCUGCGACGGGUCGAUCACCCCAUCUCACGAGCCCCUGUCUCCCUCCGGGCUCGACGAGGUCGUCUCGUCUUUAUCGGAGAUCACAAUUGCCUCGGAGCGCAUCAAGCUGGGAAGUACGAGAUCGCUGGCGUCUCUAUCCACACGGCCGACAUCAUACUGCUCUAGCGAGAGUCGAGCUGCGUUGGGCAGCUAUGGAAACAAUUAUGGAGCGCUUUCGCCCACGCACCGAAACUCUGUAUUAAGCGUUGCCUCGGCGGACAAGAAAGAGAAGCGCCGCCACAGUUUGAAAAAUGCCAUUGGACGGAUAUACUUUCGCAAGAAGCGCACACCGUCAAGCGUCGUGUUGCCUCCCAAUGCGCAGAUCACGGUCUCCAAGGGUGAGGGAGGAGUGGUGGAUCAUGUCUAUUUGGAAUCUCGGCGAGACCGGCCGCCAACCAGCCACGAUGGAGAUACAGUCUCGAGCACCACGGCAGAGUCUCUUCCGAGAUUGGAAAUUCCCAUCUUUGAUAAAGAAGCCGUUCAGCGGAGCUUGGAUGAUCCCGAAUUGACCGAACUGCUGGAGCGGCAUCGAAUGGAGAGGAAUAGGCACGUUGCGUUCCAAGAGGCGGCACUGAGCAUCCUCCGGCAGCGACACCAGACGGCUGUUUUCGGGCAGCACUCUGAUAAUGAGCGCUUGGAGGAUGAGAAGCGCGAGAAGAACAUCGAGGACGCCAUUCGUAUGGAAGAGCGCCAGCUCGCCGUGGAAAUGGAACAGCAGCGUGAAUUCGACCGCGCAAAGCAGAACUCGCGCACGCGCAUCAAGCAUAUGGAGGGAUACUUCCGCAACGCCAGUCCCCCGCCUUCACCUGCACCAGCAGCGCAGCGCUCCUCUGAUUCCUUCUCCGGGUCCGAGUCUACCACUCCGCCUGUGCGCCGUUUCACGCGACAGCAAAAGGAGCAGCUUGAACAACAGUACCACGACCACGAAACGAUGGAUGCCCUCCACAAGUCCCGGAUCAAGGUCCUUCGGGAUCGCCAGGAGCUCAGGCUGCAGGAAGCCAUUGCACGCAUGGAGCGCGAGCUGAACGAUAUGUGCGCUCAGCAUAGCAAGAACGUCACUUCGUUGCAGGCUGAGCACCGCCUCGAGGAGACCUCUUUGAUCCAAGCUUUGGACAAUAAGAAACUUGAGCUGCGGCAUCGCUGGGACCUGGAAGAAGCUAUCUUGCGCAAACAACUUGAGGACCGCCAUGGCCAUCCGUACGGUCCAUUGCCGCCUAUUUCUUUCAGCGGCGUUAAUAAUGAGACUGUCGAUUCGGCCGCCAGUCUGCCUGAACCUGCCUCGCUCUCUCCCCUUGAACCCCAGACCCCGCAGUGA